AUGGAGAAAAUCAUCCACGACUUCUACUCUGAUCUCUUCGACAGCCAUGUCCACUUGCCUCCUCACCAUCUGAGGGAAGACGGACAAGUCAUUCAAGAGGUUCUCCCGUCCGAAAUACGACAUGCUAUCAUGUCGGUAAGAAAUCGUACGGCACCCGGUCCCGACAGAAUAAGACCACAACAUCUGAAGAGCCUUUCGCCAGUACUCAUCAACACCCUGGCGAGGCUCUUUACACGUUAUCUGUCGGAAUGCAAGGUUCCUAAACAGUGGAAGACCAGCAAGACCGUGUUGUUGUAUAAAAAGGGAGAUCCACAUGAUCUCGGCAACUAUCGUCCAAUCUGCCUACUGUCCGUCAUCUACAAGCUCUUUACAAGAGUGGUCCUUAAUAGGAUUGAAAAAGUCUUGGAUGAAGGACAGCCAUGCGAGCAAGCAGGGUUUCGAAACGGAAUCAGUACGAUUGACCACAUUCACACUGUUUCGAAACUCAUCGAGGUAUCACGAGAGCACAAGAUGCCGCUCUGUCUCACCUUCAUCGACUUGAAGAAGGCAUUUGACUCAGCUGAUAGGGAAGCGGUCGUGGAAGCCUUGGGCAACCAAGGCGUCCCUACUCAUUACAUAAAGCCACCUUCGAGAACGCAAUGCGAAAGUUGGAAUGGGACGACAUGGGAGUGA